AUGGCGGACGUGUACUCUAAUGGUUACGUGGUCAUUUCAGCAACGGCUGCAAAAGCAUCAACCGAAGGAUUCCUAUUGCCAAGGAAAUCACCACUCAGUAUCUCAUGCACGUCUCCAUCUGGCUCAUACUUCGAUGUGCAAGCCCGUCGAAACGACACGCAUUGGUGCAACUUGAGUAGACAUAACAACGAGUACCCGUUGUUCUCCCGAGCGUGGUGCAUGCAAGAACGACACCUAGCAAGGAGGAUCGUCCACUUUCUUCCCGGCGAAGUGCGCUUCGAAUGCCGCACCCACGACACCUGUGAAUGUAAUGCAGUACCAUGGCCACACCCCCAGCCCUCUUCAGGCGACGACUACUACCGAGUUCUACGCGCGGCAUGCGAGUCCGGCAGCAUCAGCGAUGCUGAGUUCGCUGGGCUAUGGAAUAAUCUCAUCAAAGAAUACACCGAGAUGGGCAUCACGCACAGAAGUGACUUACUUCCUGCACUCGGCGGCAUUGCGAGAAGUCUUUCUCCCAUCGCGCCAGGAACUUACCUUGCAGGACUCUGGGAGAAAGGCCUCGCGUUACAACUCACCUGGUACUGUGACGACUUCGACAUGGACACUACGCCUAUACGGCUGGAGAGUUUGCGCCAACCAACAUGGUCGUGGAUAUCGUCUCCAGCGCAGAUCUGGCCGGAGAAUGUCUACAACUCUCCCAAGGAGAACCUGCAGUCGUUGACGUCUUUGGUAACUUCGAAUGCGGAACCACUGCGAAACGAUCCUUAUGGUGAGAUCAAGAGUGUAUCGAUCGACCUUAAGGGCCCUAUGGCUUCUGGACCCGACGUUAUGACGUUGUUUGAAAAGGUGGCCGCAGAAAGAGUACUAUUCCUGACCUUCAAUAUUGAUGCCAAGAAUAAGUUCAGGGCCGCGAGGAUGCGGCCAGAGACUUGGGAGCAAUUACAUGCAAUCACGGAUUGGCGAGAUGUCGUAUGUCUUGCGUUGUAUACGUAUGAGACUCGAUAUCGAGGUCAGAACAUUGGUCUGAUGGAUGGUCUACUGCUUCGGUGUUUGCGCGAGGACUCAAUGUAUGUGAGAAUUGGCACCGUGACGUGGAUGCCAUGGGAGUUGUUUGACAGAUUCGCUGCAGAGGCUGUAGUCACUGUAGUCUAG